ACAGUCUCUCUCUCUCUCUCUCUCUCUCUGUGUCAAACUCGGAGUAGGUGUCGCUCCGCCGCAUGGCCUCCGCGCCGCAGUCACGCUCCGGCGGCCGAUCAACGCGUCUCCGGGAUUCCCAUGACUCCGACAAGAUGGAGGCCACUGGUCUCUGGGACGCCCUCGAAUGGACCAUUGAGCCGGUCUCACGCGCCGCUCCACGCGCCGCUUCGCAUUUGAAUUUGGAUUGCUUGCUUGAAGCUGAGCAAGUUGAUGUUGAGGGAUAUGGCGUUGUUCUGAUUAAUACUGAUGAGGCAGGGACAUUGAUAGUCACCAAUUUUCGUCUUCUUUUUCUGAGUGAGGGAACUAGGAAUGUUAUUCCACUUGGCACGAUACCUUUGGCAACAAUUGAGAAGUUCAACAAAAUUGUUGCAAAGAAUCAAUCAACCCCUCGUCAAUCGGACAAGACUCCAACAAGAUUGCUUCAGGUCAUUGGUAAAGAUAUGAGGAUAAUAAUCUUUGGGUUUCGUCCUAAAACUAGGCAGAGACAGGCAGUGUUUGAAGCAUUAUUAAACUGUACAAAACCAGCGAGCCUAUGGGAUCUUUAUGCUUUUGUUUCUGGACCUUCCAAAUAUAGUAACACUAAUCCAAAGGUGCGGUUAUUAAAUGAGUAUUUUCGGCUUCUUGGAAAAGGCUCCUCUGCGUCUAUGAAUAUGAUUGAAGAUGGGUCAUUCACUUUGUCAAAUGAUUUGUGGAGAAUAAGUAGUAUAAAUUCUAGCUAUUCAUUGUGCCAGACUUACCCAUUUGCCUUGAUAGUUCCGAAAUCCAUUACUGAUGAAGAAGUGCUUCAAGCUUCCAGUUUCCGUGCAAGAUGUCGAUUGCCUGUAGUUACAUGGUGUCAUCCAAGAACCGGAGCCGUUCUGGCACGUUCAUCCCAACCCUUAGUUGGUAUCAUGAUGAACAUGAGGAGUAACACAGAUGAAAAGCUCGUUGCUGCCCUUUGCUCUGAACUUACUGGUGGUAAAAGAAGGAAGCUAUAUAUAGCUGAUGCAAGACCACGAAAAAAUGCUUUAGCUAAUGGUGCAAUGGGAGGCGGUUCUGAGUCAUCUUCAAAUUACUUUCAGUCUGAGAUUGUUUUCUUUGGGAUAGACAACAUCCAUGCGAUGAGAGACAGUUUUGCUCGGCUCAGAGAUUAUUUAGAUACUCAUGGUACAGCUUCAUCGGAUGGAAUGUCAUCUUUCCUGAGGCAUGGUGGAUGGACUUGGGGUGGAGGAAACCUUAGUAGUAUGUCUGCUUCAGUGUCAACUCUUGGGGACAGUGGUUGGUUAAUACAUGUUCAAAGUGUUUUGGCUGGUUCAGCCUGGAUUGCUGCACGUGUUGCUCUGGAAUCGGCAUCGGUGCUUGUACAUUGCAGUGAUGGAUGGGAUAGAACUACUCAGCUGGUUUCACUUGCAAUUUUGUUGCUUGAUCCAUACUACCGGACUUUAAAUGGGUUCCAGGCACUUGUUGAGAAAGACUGGCUAGCCUUUGGUCAUCCCUUUGCUGAUCGUGUUGGCAUGCCAGCUAUUACAGGAAGUACAAACGUACCUUCUGAGUUACCGAGGCAGUCUUCUACUGGGAGUAUCCAAUCAUCACCCAAUCGCCAGACAGCCGGAUCCUUCACAUCUCAAGCUCCUGCAUCUCAUGCCCAGACUUCAAACAACUAUUCUCCCAUAUUUUUGCAGUGGGUAGAUUGUGUUUCACAAUUAAUGCGGAUGUAUCCGUUUGCUUUUGAGUUCUCCUCGGUUUUCCUGGUGGAUCUAUUGGAUUGUGUCCUAUCAUCCCGCUUUGGGAACUUCUUUUGCAAUAGUGAAAAAGAGAGGCAACAGUGGGGGGUACCCGAAGCUUGUGGAUGCAUGUGGGCAUAUUUGGCUGAUUUGCGCUCUUCAGAAGGAACUUCUCAUGUUCACUAUAAUUAUUUCUACGAUCCACUGAAAUACAAUGGUCCACUUUUACCUCCAGCAGCUGCUUUAGCACCAACUCUAUGGCCACAAUUCCAUUUGCGAUGGGCUUGUCCCUCAGAGGCUCAAGCUGGAGAGCUCGAAGCUCAUUUUAGGAAGAUGGAUGUUAAAUUCUUGGAACUGCAGAAGGCAAAGGAAGUGGCAGAAGGGAAAGCUAAAGAAAUCACUACUCUCAUGGAAAGCUUAAGAGCAGAUGUGAGACAUGAAAAGCAAGUCAGCAGCUCUGCUAUGAAGUUGGUCAAGAGGGCAAACAAGGAAACUGAGGCCAUGAAGCGAGCUAUUCAGUCACUGGGGUGCAAGGUACAUUUUUCAAGCAGCGGAGAUUGCACUGUUGAUAUCGAAAGUAGCGUAAUUGAAGCUCCACAAAAAUUACUUGGUUCUUCGAAAAGACAGUUAGAUGGCAGUCUGCAGAAUGUUGAGAAAUCAGACCUAUCUGUUUCCAUUACAGUCGUGGCAGAUGAUGUCGACGGCAGCAAUCCAAUUGGUCGAGUUUGUGAAACUUUAUGCCCAGUACGCAUGCGAGAUGGAGGCUGCAGAUGGCCAGAUGCUGGCUGUGCUCAAAUGAGUAGCCAAUUUGUUGGACUGAAGGCCAACUUUGAAGCAUUUGAUCAACUUUCAAUCUACGAUAGUUAUUUCCAGCCUAAAUGAAACUACCAUAUAGUUUCUGAGAUUCUCAGAAGGUUAUAGCACCAACUCCUUACGCAGAGACCCAAGAUUUUAUGUAGAGUUCGCUUCUUGGAAUCCUUCCAAGAUUUUGUUUAUAGUAUCUGAUCAGAUGAACAUUUGAGGCAACUAAACUGCAGACCCCAUAAUUUGGGAGGGUCUCAGCAUUUUCUGUACAGUGACGAGUUUAUUGAGGACCACUUCAACAUGUUCGGGGUAGGGGUGGCAAUGGUAUAGAAAACCAU